AUGAAAUUAUUGCGUGAACGUGCCCAGAUUGCAUCUUUCAUACAGCAGAGACUUCAGUGGAAUUAUGCCACCGCCAUACAGCAACGCAACCACCACAGUUUUUGUACAAUUCGCGUUUUGUGUACCGAUAUACUGCGUUUUUUAGAUACCUUAAAAUCAAAUACUGAUGACCUUGUCCAGAAGUACAAUGCUGAUAUGAAUAAUAAUAAUAAUGACAAACAUCAUGUAAUUUUCCAGUUCAACAAAUAUUUGGGCAUCUAUCCUGAGACCAACUUUAAUAUUGAUAUGGAGUUCUUACAAAAUCUGAGCAAUGUGAUGACGGAAGUUAAUGAUGACGUGGUGACAGGAAGCGUGGAUGGCAGCGCGGAUGAAAGCGUAGAUUAA